AUGCAUAGCAAGCCUGAAGAGGCGGUAUUUGCAGAGAAUGCACAUGGAAUAGAGGAUGCAUGCAUGCGUAACGAUUGUGUUGAUGUUCUAUGCAAUGCUGAGAAUGAAAGGGGUGAUGUAGAAAGCAUGCUUGAGGAUAUGAGGAGGAUGCUUGAGAUUGGAGAUGAGGAAGGGAUUUCAGAGAUUGUUACGAAUAUUGUGGGUGAUGAAGGCAUGUAUGCGGAAGUGAAUGAAUGGUGGAAGUCUGGACGAUGGGAUGUGAAUGAUGUUUUUUUCUACAUCUUAGUUUGGCUUAGAAUACGUAGGCUUAGGCUUGAUGUUACAGGAGCUGAGAAUGUUGAUUUAGCACUGAAGCAUGGCGCAUCUGUUGUUGAAAAGCAUAUUAGCAGAUGGAAGGAGAUAUGCAUGAUAUCGAUAUUGAAAGAGAUCAAGAUCUAUGCUGAGAAUGAGAUUUUAGGGUGGAAUAGAGAUGCGAUUUUGAUGUUUUUAUGGAAGGUUUGCAUUGGCAGAAGUGGAUCAAAUGGAACUACGAGAGUUUUUGCAUUGAAUCUAUGCAUGCAGAUGAGCAGGGGGACAGAUGCAACAGAUAUUGGGGAGGUUGCUUUGAAGGUUGAAGAGAUGAAUGAUUUUGAUGUUGGAGAAAUGAGCUAUGGCGAUAUGGUGAUUUUGCAGAUGUACUGGAGGGAGUCGUUUGAGCAGGGAGUUUUUUACAAAGAUAAGCAUGAGUAUGCUGUUGAAAGACUGUUUGAUCGGUAUAUGUGCUGUGGAGAAGACAGCAGAUACCACUCGAGGCCAAGGUUGUUUAUGUAUGGGUCUAUUGAGUCGAUCGCUCUGUGUGUGUCAUUUGUGAAGUGUUUUCUCAGAAGGUUUGGUGGUAGCGAAGAUGAGUUUAAUGCAAAGAUGCUGAAUGUUUUGAUACGAAGGAUGGCGGAGAUAGCAAAGGAUGCUGAUGAUAUCGAGUGUUUUCAGUGUUUGUUUGGAAAUGCAAAACCAGUUGUGGUGGCUGGGACGGCGCUCCAGUCACUUGUGCUAUUACUGUUGAGAAAGAUGGGCGACACGAAGUGCGGUAAUCAAGCGAAGGCAGCAAGGAUUCUGAGUAAAAUAGAUGCACUGGGUGUUUUGCCUGGGAAGAAGGUACGAAACAGAAUGAUCAAGAUGGCCAAACAGCACAUUGCACGAAAGCAGGAGGUGAUUGUGGAAGCAAGCAUCAAUGUGCUGCAUUGCAUAGAUCCAAAUGUGUUGCGGAUAGAGAUGCAAAAACCCUACUUGAUGCAGACAAGAAGGAAGAUGUUUGAGAAGGUUAAGAAUGAGAUGCAAUCUGAGGAAUGCUAUAGAGCAUAUAUUGAGCUACUGAACAGCGGAUUUGCAAAUGAUAUUGCUUAUGAGAUCAAGGAAGUAAACAUUUUUGCACGAGUUUUUCAUGCAUUAGGGAGAAAGAGAGUGUGUAAGCUUCUUGAAAUAAGGAUAAACGAUGUGAGAGAUGUUUAUGUCGCAGAGCUAGCAGUUUGUUAUUCGAAGGAGCGUCCAGAAAAGUUUGAUGUUGUUGGUGUGUCGUCAGUUUUACUUGAUUCUGGCGAGGAGAUAGUUAAGAGCAAGAAUGUUGUGUUCUAUAAUUACAUUUUGAGAAUUUUGAUGAAUAUACACUACAAGAUGGCAUUUGAGCUUCGUCGCAGGGUUUUUUUGUUUUUGAAGAAGUUAGUGUUCUAUGGGCCGUACACAAAGAAUGCAGGAAUGCUUAUAAAUCGCUUAGGAUAUGCAGGUAUGGAAAUUCAAAGACGGACAGACUAUUUUCUUGCCAUACUUGGAGCAUGUGGAAGUAUUUUUCUGAGAGAAUAUCUUUGUGACUAUACCUGGACGAUCAACAAGGAGCUUGGGCUUGUGUACAGCCUACAAUUUGAUCCUGAGCUAGGAGUGAUGUACAAAUGGAAAAUUGAUGAGAUACUGUCUAGGGUAUGCAAUAGGUUAGAAGGAAAGGAAGCUACAGUAUGCAUAGAGCUUCUUGUGUUUCUAAGGGAAUCGAUUGAGGAGGAGGGAAAGUGUUUUGAGUUUGCAUUUGAUAUUGUAGCAAAUAAUUGCAAUACAGUGAUUUGUGGAGCGAAGAAUACGAAUCAGGAUGUGUGCAGAGAAUCGUGCAUGCUUCUCAGUGCAGGGAUUAUUGCAAGAGCAACUAUUCCGCAUGUAUGCAUUCCUGUUGUGUUUCAGUGGCUACCGGUGUCGUCUGAGAUAGUGCAGGUGUAUUUUGCAACUGUGGUGAGCACGAUUGGAAGUAUUAUUGAUGGGAAAAUUUGCAGGUUCAAGGAAGAGGGGAAUAUAAGCGAGUUCAGAACGAUAUAUGAGAUAUACUUGAGCUCACCAAAUAGAAUGGCGCUUGUGGAGAAACUAAUGGAGGUUUUUGACGGAUGUGCAGUCAAAACAUAUUAUUUGAUGGUACAAGUGAUGAAAUUUGAGAAAAGAAUGAGGGUGAAAGUGAUGAAGAGCAUUGAGGAAGCAGUUCAUCUGUAUGAUGUAUCGGAAAACAGACUCUUUUUGAAGAUAUGUGAGCUUUUUUUGUCACAUAGCGCCAGCAGAUAUGCGGAUGUUCGAAUUAGUGAUGAAAGUGUGCUGUUUUGUAAGGAGCCUGGGAUAGAAGAGAUUGAAGGUCUUGAGCUAUACAUAAUAAAAUGA